GGAAGCUUGGGGGCAGUUAGGCUCGAGCCGUUCGGGGUGGGCUCGUGGGCAGGAGGGUGAACGUGUGUACGGGCGGCGGCACUGGCGACGACGGUUGGAUUCAAAUUUGAAUGUACUCUCGAGCGCCGCGGCGACGAUCAAGAUGCCGAGUAAUAAAUUGGAGAAGAUUGACCGCGUUGAGGCUAGCGAUAACGUGAAGGUUGUGGUACGCUGCAGGCCGAUGAAUGAGAAGGAAAGAAAUAUGGGACACAAACAAGUCGUGAAUGUGGAUGAGAUGCGAGGAACAAUCACAGUCUACAAGACAGAUGCUGCUAAUGAGCCUCCAAAAACAUUCACUUUUGAUACAGUUUUUGGUCCAGAGAGCAAACAAGUUGAUGUGUACAAUCUCACUGCAAGACCAAUUGUUGAUUCAGUUUUAGAAGGAUACAAUGGCACCGUGUUUGCUUAUGGACAAACAGGCACUGGCAAAACAUUUACUAUGGAAGGAGUACGUGCUGUACCUGAACUUAGGGGCAUUAUUCCCAAUUCGUUUGCUCAUAUAUUUGGACACAUUGCAAAGUCUGAGGGUGACACCAGGUUCCUUGUUCGAGUGUCUUACCUGGAGAUUUAUAAUGAAGAGGUUCGUGACCUUCUUGGAAAGGAUCAAAGUCAGAGACUAGAGGUUAAGGAACGGCCUGAUGUUGGAGUGUACAUUAAAGAUCUUUCUGGUUAUGUGGUAAACAAUGCAGAUGAUAUGGAUCGUAUUAUGACUUUGGGGAAUAAAAACCGUUCUGUUGGUGCUACCAAUAUGAACGAACAUAGUUCCCGCUCUCAUGCUAUUUUUACUAUUACCAUCGAGUGCAGUGAAAAAGGAAUUGAUGGAAACAUUCAUGUUCGCAUGGGCAAACUGCACCUUGUUGAUCUUGCAGGUUCUGAAAGACAAGGAAAGACUGGAGCCACAGGACAGCGAUUAAAAGAAGCAACAAAGAUCAACCUCUCAUUGUCCACCUUGGGUAAUGUUAUCUCUGCUCUUGUUGAUGGUAAAAGUACACAUGUGCCCUAUCGUAACUCUAAACUGACACGACUACUCCAGGAUUCAUUGGGAGGCAAUUCAAAGACGAUGAUGUGUGCAAACAUUGGGCCAGCAGAUUACAAUUACGAUGAGACUAUCAGUACUUUACGCUAUGCAAACAGAGCAAAGAAUAUCAAAAAUAAAGCCAGAAUUAAUGAAGACCCCAAAGAUGCAUUGUUGCGCCAAUUCCAGAAGGAAAUUGAGGAGCUUAGAAAUAAGCUAAAAGAAGGUGAAGAAAUCUCUGGUUCAGAAAUGAGUGGCUCUGAAGACGAUGACGAAGAAGGUGAAAAUGGAGAGGGAGGAGAGAAGAAAAAGAAGCGAAAAGGAAGAAAGAAGGUAUCUCCGGAAAAGAUGGCAGAAAUGCAAGCAAAGAUUGAUGAAGAGAGAAAAGUUCUUGAAGCUAAGCUUGACAUAGAGGAGGAAGAAAGGAAUAAAGCCAGAGCAGAACUAGAGAAAAGAGAGAAAGAUCUGCUGAAAGCACAGCAGGAGCAUCAGACCUUGUUAGAAAAAUUGUCAGCUCUAGAAAAGAAGGUGAUUGUAGGAGGAGUGGAUCUUCUGGCUAAAGCUGAAGAACAGGAGAGACUACUAGAUGAGUCAAAUUGCGAGCUUGAAGCGCGCCGGAACCGAGCAGAGCAACUUCGGAAAGAGCUGGAGGAAAAAGAGCAAGAACGUUUGGACAUUGAGGAGAAAUACACCAGUUUGCAGGAGGAAGCUCAGGGCAAAACAAAGAAACUGAAGAAAGUCUGGACAAUGCUGAUGGCAGCAAAGUCUGAGAUGGCAGACUUGCAACAAGAACACCAACGUGAAAUUGAAGGACUGUUGGAGAAUAUAAGACAGCUGAGCCGUGAACUUCGUCUCCAGAUGCUCAUUAUUGAGAAUUUUAUUCCUCAAGAAUACCAGGAGAUGAUUGAGAACUAUGUACACUGGAAUGAAGACAUUGGAGAGUGGCAGUUGAAAUGUGUGGCGUACACAGGAAACAACAUGAGAAAACAAACUCCAGUAGCAGACAAAAAAGAAAAAGAUCCAUUUGAAGUGGAUUUGUCACAUGUUUACUUGGCUUACACUGAAGAAAGUCUGCGACAGUCAUUAAUGAAGUUGGAGAGGCCAAGAACCUCAAAGGGAGGGAAAUCCAGACCCAAGACGGGCAGAAGGAAACGAUCUACAAAAUCUGAAGCUGGAAUUGAAACCCUUCUUCAGUGAUCAAUAGAUGAGACUGGCUAGGUGCAUGGACCAGAUUUUAGACGGAAAAGGUUUCCAGGAUGAUGAAAAUUGAUAGAUGUGACAAGAACAGCAAGUUGUCGUUUUUUUGAACCAUACACAUUGACCUGUAAGAAGAAUGGAAUUUAAUGCUAAUAUCUAAAUGAAAUGCCAGUGAGUUUGUAACUUUUAUUAGGCAAUGUUUGAGUUGCUGUCAGAAUGCUGGUCAUGAAUGUUUACAACUAAAUGCUUGGGAUCCCAGUAUUUAGUUGUUAUUUUAUUCUUCUUGAUGUUGGUCUUGGCUUAUAUUUUGGUUGGUUUUGGUGGUGGGUAGAGAAUAUAUGACUGGCAGCGAAGCUAUUAGUAGGAAUUUGCUGUCUGUGAAGGAAAUAAACCCUAAUUUAACAUUUUCAAAUAUUGCUUCAAGCUCAAAGAAUGUUUUUUUUUAAAUAAGAGCUUCAAACUUCUGGUCCAUAAAUUAUUUUACUGAACUGAAAAUAUUCCCUCUGUCUUACCUUCAUUCUGUUUUAAAAGUACAAAGUUGACUUCUACACUAGUUCUUUGUUUACCUUGACUUCUGUUAACCAGAGGUUUAUGUGCACUUUGUAUAACUGUGAUGGCAAGGGAUUGCAGUACUCAAAAUGCAUUCCAUGACUGCUAUAAAGUGAGAUAAUUUUGAGUCUUACUGUUAGAUAAGGUUUCUUUGAUUAGGACGAUAUGUUGCAUCUAUCAUUUCAGAGUACGUUAUGUAACCAUAGGGCACAUUAAUCAUUGAGUUAUACAGCGUGGAAACUGGCACUUCCGUCCAGCUAGUCCAAACUGACCAUGUUCCCAAACUACACUAGUCCCACCUGCCUGUGUUUGGCCCGUAUCCCUCCAUACCUUUCCUAUUCAUGUACUUAUCCAAAUGUUUUUUAAAUGUUGUAACUGUAUCUAUAUCCUCCACUUCUGGCAGUUCAUUCCACACACUAAUCAUUCUCUGUGUAAAAAAAAAAGUUGCUCCCAUGUCCUUUUUGAAUCUUUCUCCACUCAUCUUAAAAAUAUGUCCCCUAGUUUUGAACUUACGGAAAAGAUCUUUGUUAUUCACCUUAUCUGUGCCCCUGAUGAUUUUAUAAACCUCUAUAAGGUCACCUUCAACCUUUUGUGCACCAGUGAAAAAGGUCCUAGUGUAUUCAACCUAUUUCUAAAACUAAAACCCUCCAUUCCUGGCAACAUACUGGUAGGAGAAAGGGCAGAACUGCAAAACUAGGAGAUCAUCUCUAUUACGGAGCUGGCACAGACAUAAUAGACUGAGUGGCCUUUUUGCAUAAAUGUAGUUAAUUGGAAGUUGGAGCAAUUUGCCGUAUGUGUAAAGAAGUGUUGAGAAGCAGCCUUUUUACUGGUAAUUGAUUCCCUAAAUGUCAGUAACACAAAUUAUCAAAACAGUCAGCAGACACUUUGCAGCAAGGAGCCUGACAUGCACACAUGUAGAUAGACCUAUAGUUCUCCAAUCUAUGCUAACAUUAGAAGCACAGGAUUGCAGAAUUUGCUGUCAUUAGCCUUAAUAGAGCUUGCAACUUUUAUAACAGGAAGAGUUGAUCAGAUAUUUCACUUAUGCAUUUCUUGGUUGGGCUUGUUAAAAGGAAAGCAAUUUUUGCUUAGAACUGUGACAGAUUCUGGUUGGAACUUUUACUCUGCAGCAAUAUGGAAGGAAUAGAAGAUAACCAUGAAAAAAUAGUAAACUGUGCAAACAAAAAAAUGUUUGAUAAGUAUCGCAAGACUUGUGCUUCUGUUACUACUGACACUGUACUGUAUUCUUAACUGUUAUUUGGGUGCCCUGCUUUUUAAAUAGUAACAAACAGACAAACUUUAGCGUAGUGUUCAUCACCCACUCUGAGAACUCAGGUGGUACUUGCUGCUAUAAAUGUGAUAAACAAAAAAUUGCAUAUGCACACAACAGCUGAUCCAUGUUUCUUCGUUCCAUUUUUUGACAUAGAUCUAUGAACCAUUGUUGGUUCUUUUAAACACUUUGACCUCAGAAGUAAAUUUGACCACAUUAUCUCUGACUCAGUUGGAAAGUUAAGGGUUAUGGAAUCACAGAUUUCAUAAUACUGGGAGAGCACUGGUUUCAAGGUCAAAAUUGCAAUGCAUUUAGUUUUCAGUGAAUAUUACUUUACAAAUGCAUUGUGAAAAUCUAUUUAUGUAUUGUAGGAACAGUAACCAUGACAGCUGCUAACUUUAAUUCAUUGAUAUCAUAAUGUACUAUUGAUGGUUUAAGCUGUUUUAUGAUGAGCAUUUUAAUGGACUGCUUUUAAUUCCUUACAACUAAAACAUUAAGUUGACAAUAUUUUCAAUUGAUCGAUUUCUGCAUGAUUUGUAACCAUGCCAGAUUGCUGUUAUUUCUCUUUCCUACAUAUUAAGUAGCACAGGACCAUGUAGCUCACAGUGUUUGUUGUAAAAAGCUGAUGGAACAACCCAGCAUUCAGAAAAAAAUAGCCAAUAACUUAGCUACUUCCUUUGUAAUAUGAAUUUUAAGAUCUAUAUUGCCAAACCCAGGGACAACUUUAAAUGACUGGUAGGUAAUGGCAGCAAGAAUCUGCUUACUAGUAAAGGAACUAUGUCCACAUUAUUCUUUUCAUUUGUAACUAUCAAAGACUGUGGUUAAACUGUUAGUACAAAUAUUUUGUUACAAAAAAGCCUUUUUGCAAGUUCCAAUAGAGAAUGCAUUAUAGUUUGUGAAAUUCAGACCUCAGUUGUGAGUACUGCUAAUUUGAUGGUUUGUAGAAAUGUGAAAUAAAGAGGUAUAGCUAUGUCAAGCAGUUGUUUUGAGAUUGUCAUGCAAUGUCAGACUGACAAAUUUGACUAUCCAAUAUUUCCUCUGAUUCGUUUAUGAAUGUCUAUAUUGUGUUCUUUAUUACGAGCUUUAACAGAGACAUGUAGUAUUGUAUUUUCUCAACAUUGAUUCAGGGAAAAUUAUAUGCUGCAAAUGGAAGCUACUUAAACAUGUGAAAAUAAUCUUUUCUUUCAUCUGCAAAAUGUGUCGAUUUUUUUUGUUUGUAUCUACCUGAUUAAACAACUGACUCUGGACUACUAAUAAGAACACUUACAUACCCUCUCCAUGUUUGAAUUUAAUAGAGAAUCUUGACUGCAAUGAUAUUACACAUCAAGUGCACAAAUCAAGAAUUUUAUUAUUGUGUUUUAAUGUUGUAAGCAUCCUAUGUUUUUCUGUUGUAAAGUUUAUUGUAAAAUGUUUAAAAUAACUACUAGAAAGCUGCACAUGUUCUGAAAUCCUAUUUUAAUGCUGGGUUGUAUAGUGUGAUUAAUAAGAGUCCCAAAUUGUUAGUUUUAUUUCACUUGACCUGAACUUACUUUCUAUAUACUAUGUUCAGAGCAGUUGAAAUAAACACUUUACAGAUGUCUUUUUUAUUUGAUUAUUCUUUGUAAUCUUUAUGUAUAAAUUAAUCAUUGAGAUGUACAUAUGAGACCAUGAAUAUGUAUAUAUGCAGCAUGUUAAUGUUCAUAAAUAAAGAAAUAUCUAUACAAUUGUA